AUGAAGUUUACGCCAAGUGUUGUUAUUGAUGCACCUGGCUACUAUGUGGAUCAUUGCAGUGGUGGCAAAAACACAGAUAAAUGUAUCAUUUUGAGAGAUAAACAAUUGGAAAGUGACUCUGAGUCGAUGCCAGUUAGUUUGAAACAUUUAUCAAAACCAACAAACAUUUUGGACCUUACAAACAACGAAUUAAAAGAAUUACCCAAUUUGAGAAAUCGUACAGAUAUUCAUACCUUACUACUUGGUAGAAAUGAUAUUAAAUAUGUUAAUGGGAAAGGAUUGCCAAGACAUUUAAGAAAUUUGGUGUUGGCAAAUAAUAACAUAUCAUCAAUUUCACAAUUAAAAGGAUUACAUUAUGCUCCUAAAACAUUGACAAAUUUAUCUCUACGUGGUAAUCCGAUUUGUCAUUUGCAAGACUUCAGGAUACAUGUUAUAAGAUAUAUUCCAAAAUUACAAGUAUUGGAUUUCCAAAAUGUGACAAAAGAAGAAAGGAGGUUGGCUAAUUCAAAGAUUGAAAACCGUAGUGAUAUGGUUAAAGAUCAAUUACAAAAAGUUUCUGUUCCUAAGAAUAGAGAAAGAAAGGAUAAAAAUAUUGAAUUGAUGAAUUUUGUAGUAGGGAAGAUGUCUGAACAGAGAAAGAAGGAGCUAAAACAGCAAUUGUCUAAUGCAAAAUCUUUAGAUGAAAUCAUGAAAUUAGAAAAAUUACUAUCUGGAUCUUGA